GUUGCACCCCGGUGGGGCUGUUAUCACGAUGCGGCCCCCGUGCUGGGCCCCCUGCCCGGGAAGUAUUCCGUUUCCGUCACUCGCAGAGCCUCGGAGCCGCUUCCGCCCUCACUGUCGCAGCGCACGCGUCAUCAGCCGCAUUGUUCUACGUCAUCAUAUAGCGCAGCGCCGGCAGAGAGACUGGCAGGAGGAGCAAGAUGGCGGGGAGGAAUAUCCUGAUCCUGUAUGGGAGUCAGACGGGGACCGCCGAGGACACGGCCCACAGAAUUGGCAGAGAAGCCAAACGGCGGCAUUUUACAUGCAGAGUGCAGCCUCUGGACAGCUACAGCGUGGUGAAUCUCAUUAACGAGCCUCUGGUCGUGUUUGUCUGCGCAACAACCGGACAGGGAGACCCCCCGGACAACAUGAAGACUUUUUGGAGAUUCAUAUUUCGGAGGAAUCUGCCCCAGAAUGCUCUUUGCCGAAUGGAUUACGCCGUUCUAGGGCUCGGCGAUUCUUCCUACCCAAAGUUUAACUUCAUUGCCAAGAAGCUGCACAAGCGUCUUCUCCAGCUGGGAGCCAGCCCCGUUCUGUCUGCGGCCCUGGGGGACGACCAGCAUGAUUUGGGAGCAGACGCUGCGAUCGAUCCGUGGCUGAAGGAUCUCUGGGAUAAGGUCCUCUCGUUGUAUCCUCUGCCUUUUGGCCUCAACAUAAUCAGCGAUGAUGUCAUGUUACCGCCGGCGUUCUCUCUCCGCUUUGUGGAGGGUGAGGCGGCAGCGAGCACUCACGAGAUUUCGCCAAGGGAGCGGGAAUCAGAAGCGGCAGCGCCGACCGAACUCAACCCAUUCCUUGCACCGCUCCUUUCUAACCAACGGCUGACGGCAGACGACCAUUUCCAAGACGUGCGCCUCAUUGAGUUUGACACCACGGGCUCGGGGAUCGAGUUCUCUCCCGGGGACGUGGUGAUGAUCCAGCCGCAGAAUUCCCCCAAACACGUGGAGCAGUUCUGCAGCCUCUUGCGAUUGGACCCCGACAGGCGGUUUGUGCUGGAGCCCAGGGAGCCAGACGCGCCGCCUCCUGCUCACCUACCUCAGCCGUGUACCGUGCGGCAGCUGGUCGCCGACUACCUCGAUAUCUGCUGUGUCCCGCGCCGCUCCUUCUUCGAGCUUUUGUCCCAUUUCUCACCGGAUGAGCAGGAACGGGAGAAGCUGAAGGAGUUUAGUUCUGCGUCCGGCCAGGAGGAGCUCUAUGCUUACUGCAACCGACCGCGCAGGACCACGCUGGAGGUUCUCUUCGACUUCCCGCAAACAACAGGCAGCAUCCCCCACGAUUACCUCCUGGAGCUCGUUCCCCGCGUCCGCCCGCGAGCCUUUUCUAUCGCGUCAUCCAUGAAGGCCCAGCCCAACAGGCUCCAGAUAUUAAUGGCCGUGGUACAGUAUAAAACCAGACUACGUGAGGUCCGGCGUGGCCUGUGUUCCACGUGGCUGGCCUCCCUCUGUCCCGGGGAGCAUCGGGUUCCUCUCUGGGUGAAGAAAGGGAGUAUGAAGUUCCCGUGUGAAGCAGACGUCCCGCUGGUGAUGGUCGGUCCCGGUACCGGAGUCUCCCCGUUCAGAGCCGCCAUACAGGAGAGAGUCGCGCAUGGAGCCGCAGGUAACUGUUUGUUUUUCGGGUGCAGAGGACAAUCUAAAGACUUCUACUUCCAGGAGGAAUGGGCUGGCCUGGUGAAGGGGGGAUUCCUCGCUCUGUUUACGGCUUUUUCCCGGGAUCAGGAGGAGAAGAUUUACGUGCAGCAGAGAAUCCGGGAGAACGGACGCCUUCUGUGGGAUUUAAUCAGCGGGAAGCGGGGUUCCUUCUACAUCGCCGGAAACGCCAAGUCGAUGCCCGCGCAGGUGACCGACGCCAUGAAAUCCGUCUUCCAGACAGAAGGAGGGAUGUCGCUCCCAGAAGCCGAGGCGUAUCUCAGCCAGCUAGAGAAGUCUCGCCGCUUCCAGUCCGAGACCUGGUCGUAGAUGUUUCCGACUCCCCGGAGGUCACGGGCCUGAGCCAUGGGGUGCCACGCUGCGCAUGCUCUCCCGUGUGUCCCGGACGGCCACUGCUGCCGGACCAACUCACACGUGAACCUUCUCUGAAUCUGAUUCCCCCAAACGCCGAGGCGGCAGGUGGUAUAAAUCUGUCAUUAAAAAGAUUUUAUGUUUUGAAUGUUA